AUGGGGGCUUCUACUCGUGCUCAUCUGUCCCAGUCCUUUAGACCAGAGAGGUCCCCUUAUGAUCCCUACUUCUGGCCAGAGGAGCAAGUGCUCAUCAACCGCGGAGACAUCAUUAACAGAAAGGAUGCCUGGGAAAUGCAGGAGUUCUUCACUCGAAUGUACGUCAAGCAGCUGCUCCGGCACUGGGCGUUUCAGCUGCUGCUGGCCACGCUGCUGGUGGUCAACGCCAUCACCAUCGCACUGCGCACCAACUACAUCAUUGGCCAGAGACACUAUGAGUUGUUCUCUACCAUAGAUGACAUUGUGCUGACCAUCCUUAUCUGUGAGGUUCUCCUUGGCUGGUUAAAUGGCUUCUGGAUUUUCUGGAAGGACGGCUGGAACAUCCUCAACUUCCUUAUCAUCUUUAUCUUGGUCCUGGGGUUCUUCGUUGAUGAACUCAAUGUCUCCUCUAUCACCUACACCCUCAGGGUCCUUCGUCUCGUGCAUGUAUGCAUGGCUGUGGAGCCCCUGGCCCGGAUCAUUCGCGUCGUCCUGCAGUCGGUGCCUGACAUGGCCAAUAUCUUGGCCCUCAUCCUCUUCUUCAUGCUGGUGUUCUCCGUGUUUGGGGUCACUCUGUUUGGUGCAUUCGUGCCCGAGCAUUUCCAGAACAUGCAGGUUGCCCUGUACACCCUCUUCAUUUGCAUCACCCAAGAUGGCUGGGUGGAUAUCUACAAUGACUUUCAGACGAAGACCAGCGACGACUACGCAAUGGAGGUUGCAGGUGCCUUCUACUUUAUCACCUUCAUCACUAUCGGUGCCCUUAUUGGCAUCAACCUGUUGGUCGUCGUGGUGACCACCAACCUGGAGCUAAUGAUGAAGGCAGAGCAGGGACGAAAGAAUAAAAUGAUAAACCUCAGCGGGAGAGAAGAUGUGGAGUACGGGAAUAAGGACCUGCCGCUGGUGCACUGCGAGGUGGCCCGUUUGGAGAUGUCUGGCGUUCCCCAAGAGCCGCUUGUGGGGGGCCCCCUGUCCAACCUCUCGGAAAGCACUUGCGACAACUUUUGUUUGGUGCUCGAGGCAAUACAGGAGAACUUGAUGCAGUACAAAGAGAUCCGAGAUGAGCUCAACACGAUAGUGGAGGAAGUACGCUCCAUCCGCUUCAACCAGGAGCAGGAGGAGGAGCUAUUGCAACGACACUUGUCAAAGACCCAGUCGUUGGGGAGCAGGUCCUCCAUAGACCUCCGUGAGAUGGCUAGCCAGCAAGACUUGAUCUCUGCGCUCGCCCACAGGGAAAAGGUUCAGGAAUCUACCACAAUUUUAAUUAAAAAGAAGAGGGGCAGCCCCUGA